UUAUGUUGCAGAUGGACGAUAUGGCGGUAUGGAAGUGGUCAUCACCAAUGCUAAUGAUGCCCAGUCGAUGCCCAGCCCAGCUGUACCAGGUACCACCCUCAGACAGAACCGCUUCCGCCAGCCAGGAAACCACCAGAACCAGCAGCAGGGCUUCAACAAUACAACUCAUCACCGGCAGGGCACGUCUGAGAGGAGCAUGUCACCAACGGCGAGUGAUAUCUCCAGUAUCCGCUUUACACCUCGGAAUCCUGGGCAGGAAGGAGGACACCAUCCCCCUACCAGCGCAUCCAGUGACAGACACCAUCUCCUUGACGUGAAGCAGGAAUGGGGCAGCAAUCGUCAAGGACAUAGUGGUGGGCCAGGAUCUCAGGCAGGAAGUGACGUUGCUGACCAGACUCUGAUGCCACCAGGUUCAGCCAUGUCUCAUUACGCCAGCAGCUUCAACUCCCUCUCCCCAUUCCCCAUUGAAAUCUCACCAUCAGGUUCCAGUUUUGCAAGUCCUAGACAUUCUGCGAGGUCGUACUCUGCCUGGGGUUCGAGGAAGCGGGCACUGUCUCUGUCUCCCCUUUCCGCUGAAGGCAUAGAUCUGAACUCUUUAAUCCGUACUAGUCCAACAUCCCUGGUGGCUUAUAUCAACAGUUCAAGAGGGUCAUCUGCUUCAAUAUCACCGUUCCAGGUUUUUCCGGGAGGCGAUUAUGGUCACCUGUCUGCUCGCAAUAGCAGCAGUCCCAUGUCACAGGUAUCUUCAUUUGGGAUCAUCCAAGUGUCUGCAGCUGGAUCUGUGAAUGGAGACAAGAUGCCUCCUCCUUAUCAACAGCCAAAGCAGGUGCCACAGCAUUAUGCAGCCACAGACCCACAGAUCGUGACGCAGCAGAUGCAAGCCAUGGAAAGCACAAAUACCAUGACCAAUGGAACAGGGAUGAACAGUCAAUUGAUUGUGCAGCCACAGGAGGAAGCUCUACAAGAAUUUUCAAACAACUUCCCCCAAUACCAGGUGUACAAACAGGAGCCUAUCGAGCAAGGCUUCAACCAAACCUCAGGCUUUUCGCAAGGGCAGGAAUAUCCUCAGGGACAGUUCCAACCCAGUGCGGAACAACCUCACCAAGUGCCGCCCCAGCACCCGCACCCACCACAAGCCUUGCCUCAGCAUUCCCCUCACGCACCGCAGACCCACCCCCAGCAAAGUCCAUCCUUCUCUCAAAACCAACCCUACUCCACUUCUCAGACAUACCAACAGAACCCCACCUUCACCCAGCCUUCCACCUACCCACCCAACAACUAUCCUCCCAUUCAGGGCAACUACAAUCCUCCAGUCCCUGGUCAGUAUGCAUCGGCACCAGGACACCUCCCAACCAUGACCACCCACCCACUCCCGGCCAACAUGCCCCCUCCUCCACCUUACCAUGCCCAGCACUAUGAGUCCAGUGCCAACCACUCGCCCCCCAUCAUCAACACCAACCCCCACGGUUCCCCCAUCUCCACUUCCACCCCCAAACUCGGCUUGGAGGUUGAGGAGAAGAUAUGCAGGUGGAUCGACUGCAAUGCAUUCUUUGAGGAGCAAGAAGAACUUGUCAGGCACAUAGAGAAGGUGCAUAUCGACCAGAGGAAAGGGGAAGAUUUCACUUGCUUCUGGCAGGGAUGCACGAGACGCUUCAAGCCUUUCAACGCUCGCUAUAAGCUUCUCAUUCAUAUGCGUGUACAUUCAGGAGAAAAACCAAAUAAAUGCACAUUUGAAGGUUGUAAUAAAGCGUUCUCUCGUCUGGAAAACCUCAAGAUUCAUCUACGUUCUCAUACUGGCGAAAAACCCUACCUCUGUCAGCAUCCGGGAUGCUCCAAAGCCUUUAGCAAUUCCUCAGAUCGUGCCAAGCAUCAGAGAACUCAUUUAGAUACGAAACCGUACGCCUGUCAAAUUCCUGGGUGUACGAAGAGAUAUACCGACCCUAGUUCACUGAGAAAACAUGUCAAAGCUCACGCUGCAAAGGAACAACAAGCAAGAAAAAAGCUCCGGACAAGGGAUGAGUACAUCCAUGGUGACAUUCUUGGGGAGUGUUUGACGAUUCAACCGCUUCAUCCUCUAAGCCACGGUGACAGUCCUCUGGAGCUCAGCGACAGUGGUUUAGGAAGAUCACCUCACUCAUCCAUGCAUGGCACCUCUUCAGAUAUGUACCCUGGUAUGUACUCCAGCGGUCAUUCCAGUAGAAGCGGUACUGCAACGGGGGCAUCAAACUAUAGCAAUCACGCCUCACCCGUGCACAACAUGCAGGGAAGUCCGCACAACUUACCAACAACGCAGUCGUUAGAUACAGCACAAGAAAGGCGAUCGUUUCCUCCUCAGCCUCCGAUGCUUACGUCGAGAAGAACGUUCCCCCCUGCCCUGCCCCCACGGAGGAUACUUCAGGGAUUCAACAACAUUCCCCUUAAACCAAGACCCCCUGCAAUACAUUCCCCAGGUAAGUGGUAGGGAAGGGUGUGGUAGUAGGCGUGGCAGCGGGUGUGGUGGUAAUGGUGGUAGUGGUGGUCAGUUUUUGAUCGGAUCGAGCUGGGGUAGACCCAAUACCAUUUUGGGGUCCAGUUGUUUGUGCAUCAUGGUGGGCCCAUCCAAACUUUUAAGUUUAAUGCGGCUAGUUCCGCCACUGGUGGUGGUGUUGGUGAUGAUGUGGUGGUGGAUAUUACAAGAGUGGUACCAGUGGCUGUGGUGGUAGGAGAGAUGACAUUGAUAGUGCUGGAAAUGAUGAAUGAUCAAUAAAUGUAAGUUUCAGAGUUAAUACCAAAUAUGAAUUCUGAAAAAGAGACAUUAGCCAUGAACUACCAGCUUUUGAAGCAGAAGGACAAUGACAAGAGGGUAGACAUUUAGGUCUAUGAGCAAAUACAAAGAGAAGAGCUGUGGCCAGAAGUCUUUCAAACAUAAAAGACAGGUAAUACAAUUUGUAAUGUUUGUACAGGUUACAAGCUUGUACCAAAAGAUAUCUAAAUGUGGUACACCUCGAUUUUCCAUAAGUGACAAGUUUUACUACCAUUUUUUACAACCCCGCGCUUAUCAAAUCAAGAAAUGAUAAUCGUAAAGUCUAACGUCACAACCAUUGUUCAUCUGUCUGUCCAAGAUGCUUUUGUUUGGAGCAUUCAUGCUUGUUUCGUAGAGGUCUCGGGCUGGAUCUACCAGCGAUUCAUCACUGCAGCAAUCCUAUACAGUGCAUUCUUCUCUCAAAAGGGUGUGACGUAUCUAACAACAGGUGCCAUUGUCACCGUCGUGAAGGAGAGGCUGCUGGAAGAAAAACACAGCAGAAACCUGGGGCCAUCCAACGUCAGUUCAAGACAGAAAGAUGAAAAAUAGCCCUCCAAAUCUUUACAUUUUAUGACAAAAGUGAGAGAACAUGUCUGGAUUUGGUGCACGCGACAGUAUCAAAACCAUCCCACCCUUCAAGCCUGCAACAAAAGGAUUAUGAAACGGGCGCGAAGGACAUUAAAGAUCGAACGAAGAAUAUAAAAAACGGGGAUGAAGUCAUGUCUGAUCGAGGUGACAAAUUGCCCCUUCAUUAAUCAAGCAUCAUAAAAGGGAAUCUGACAAUUUCUUUGUCGUUGGAAAAUAUCAUGUGAAAGAAAGAUGAAAAAGGGGGCUUUUGGGUUGUAAUCCUUUUUUGUUGUGUAUUGUAUGUCCUGGACCUGUGAUCGACAAAAGGACUCUUUGUGAUUGUCCUAUAAAUGAAAGAUGUAUGCCUUGUUCAACUAGCAUAGAUAAUAUUUUAGUGUCAGGUUUGUUUAACAAUUAGAUAAAGAGAAGCAUUGUACAGUGAGAGAAAAAAUGAACUUGUACAUUUGAAUAGGUUUGUCUUCGUAAAAUGCACUGGGGUUUGGUCAUGUCAAGGUAUUUCCCAGUAUUUUAGUGAAGUCAAGUACAAGAUUACCAUUUUACCAGUAGAGCCAUGUAGAAUAUGGAACAGAAAAUGGCCAUCAUUUAUAUAUAGAUAGACAGACCAGACAGAUGGAUGGACAGACGGACAGACAGACAGACAGAUAGAUAGAUUGAUAGUUAGAUUAAUGACUUGAAUAAUAUGCUUAUAUCAAUUACCGUCUUAGAAAUAUGCAACUCUUCACACAGUUUCAAACUCUGAAUACGUAUGAAUUAUCUAAUAAAAAAUGCAAGUAACGGUUGGAAAAUUAUGAAAAACUCUGUUCAAGAUAUAGCAAAAGACUUAUAUGGUAACUACCAGGCAAAUUUUUUUUUUUUUUCAGGAAAUACUUUUCACAGCUUCUUAUUAUUAUUAUUAUUAUUUAUUUGACCAAUAUAAAAGUACAUACACAUUACAUUAGAAUAAAAAAAUUACAGUACAUGAACAUGCAAAGAAAUGCGGGAACGGCAUGUGGGUCAGGGGGCACAAAAGCGAAAUCCAUCACUGUUGCCCGAAGGCAUGAGCCCCCACACAUGCCGCUCCCAAGACAUAAAUAAAAUAUAUAUAUACUCUUACACAAAAUAUUGCACGUUAAAAAAGGGAAUACUGAAAAGGGUGCCAAAAUAAUUAAUUAGAUAAUCUUGAGAUGCAUUAGAAAAAAAAUAUACCACUGCAAAAUUGCCUCAAUCUGCAUCAUUGGAUAAGCUUUAACAUUGCAAUGAGUGGGGAUUUUCCAGGUCUCAUUUUUGUAGUUUCCAGAGAUCUUUUAAGCAUUUUGGGGGCCCAGCCCUCAUGUUUUUUUCCCCUGGUAACUACCAUGCUUGCUUAUUAAUAUGAAAGAGCUCUGACGAAGAAAGUCAAAUAUAUCCAUUAUUAUUUGUCCUUGGCAAAUGGUCCCUGUUGGUUCAUUAUUUCUUGUGAUGUCUGUAAAGUAAAUAUAGACCUAUGUAUCAAUUCAAUCCUAUUUGCUAACCAUUAUUCCUUUCUUGAGCAACAAUUACUAGGCAAAUAUGCUAAGGGAUAUUUGAUGUGUUCCGAUCAGUUGAUUUUGGGGCACUAAAGUUUUUUUUCAAGCAAAGAUAGUUGAACCAGAGUAUUCUUGACCUCCUUGAAUUGGAUACAUUUCCAAAUGGAUUCUUUUGUUGCAUAUUAAACUAAUAGCAAAUAAAACUCCAGCUGCUUCAUAUUUUUUUUACUGAAAUCAGUCGGUCUGGUGAUCUUUUAAGGCCGAGAGAAAAUCAUUUGUAGAAUAUGGCCAGUAUUCUGAACUUGGGUUUAAAGUUGUGGUUUUAACGAUGGGGAGCCAAUUGGGGCACAAACCCCUAAUAGUACACAUCCAAUCUGUUAACUCAUAUGACACCUAAAUUGUUCAUAAUUGUCUGGGAAUGGUAACUGAAGUAUUUUCCUUCGUUAUGACAGC